GCCAGCUCCUACCUGCCCAACGUGCACUGCGAGCCCCGCUGUAAACCAGCGACACUUCCACCAACUGCCUUAGCGACCGACCCCGCGAGGAACGGUGCCGCUCACGUGACAGAAAUCAAUCCACCAAUCGGAAUCCCAGUACUUGCUCUCCUAUAAUUUUAACCUCUGAGACUACCGUCAAGUUUUAUGCUUAAGGGGAAGCAGUGCCUGCUGCUGUCAGGAAUUGUAACCACCUACCAAAGAGCAAACUAGUGCAACUCCUUUGACUUCAGCAGAGCUGCAUUUGUAUGCGAUGACUGAAUCUGACCUCUGUUUUUAAGACAAUACCAACAGGACAGUCUUUUCGGCUAAUCUGGAAUUGUUGACAUACUUCCAUUUCCAGUUUGUUUAUAAAAUAGUUAGAUGGAAUUUAAAAUUGAACACACAUGGGACAGUUUACCAGUGAGUCAUGAGCCAGUAACUGUCAGGCUGAAGUCAGGCAAUGCAGGAUUGCUGAUGGAAGUAAGUGCUCCCUUCUUUAAUGAUCCUCCAGCACCACUUGGAGAGCCAGGAAAGCCUUUCAGUGGACUGUGGGACUACGAGGUUGUAGAAGCAUUUUUCUUGAGUGAGACAACUAAGCGGUACUUAGAAGUUGAACUCUGUCCCCAUGGACAACAUUUAUUGCUGUUGCUUUCUGGCAGAAGAAGAGUAUGGAAACAAGAACUUGCUUUAACAUUUGAAGUGUCCAGAACAGAGACCAAAUGGGAAGGCAGAGCUCAUCUCCCUUGGAGUUAUUUUCCACCAUGCACUGACAAGUUUAAUGCAUUUGCAAUUCAUGGAUCAGAAGCAAAGAGAACGUAUGAAGCACUUUACCCUGUGCCUCAGCAUGAAAUACAGAAAGGACAGAAACCGGAUUUGACUCCUAGUAAAUCAAGGUAUAGGCCUGGUGCCAUUGAAGGCCACGCCAAAACUCUGCCUCCAAUGGGCAUAUGACUGGGUAACUAAAGGAGCCUGGAGAAAGUCUCAGUAAGUGUUUAGGAAUAUUCAAGAGCAUUUUAAUCUAGUUCUUCUGUAACGUGGCACAUGGAGUGUAUAUAUGGGGAGGGAGAAGGCUAAUAAAGGUUUUAACAACACUUGUUUAAUUUGACCUGCAUAAGUCAUUUGUGAUCUCAUAACUUGUGAGUAAUACAGCUAUCAAAAAUGCAUGGCUGUGAAAGUGCCCAAUUAUACAUUUUUCUCUUUUCUCUCUUGUGGGCCUCUGAUGUAUGGAGUAGCUGCAGAAUGUAACCCUAUGAUAGUAUAUGAGUGGGAAAUAUCAAUCCAAAUUUCUAUUUGCUAAUACCUCCAACCAGUCUCUCUUCACCAUUUCCUUAUGAAAUGUAACAAGAUAUGACUGGAAUGAGAGAGACUCAGAUUUCUAGUCCUCACAAAAGGUUUCAUGCUGUUGUAGUUGCAGGACAUCACAAUCCCAUUCUCUUCAGUCAGUCAAAAGAUUGAUUCAUAAAGCCUAAAAUCUGUCUAAUGUAAAUCUGGGAGGAGACUUUUUGUAAAUAAUCCUUCCCUGUAAUCUGUUCAAAGCCUCAUUCAGUCUGAGGAGGAGCUCUGUGAAGCUCAAAGGCUUGUGUCCCUCACCAACAGAAAUUGGUCCAAUAAAAGAUAUUACCACUUUGUCUCAUUCAUACAAAAUCAUUCUUAGCUGUUGGCAACUGCAAAGUUCUGUAUUUUUCUUUCUAUACUACUUUUUUUUUUUGAAGUUCUGCUGCUUCUAAAUGAGCUAUCAGCCUCUUUAAAAUAUCGCCUAAGUGUGUGUCUGUCUUCAGCAGAGGGUCCCACAGCUGCACCUUUUCUUAAAACAUUUUUCUUUCCAAAUUUUAGAAAAGUUUGUGUGUGAGCGCGCGCACGUACUCAGGAAACGUUCUGGUUUAACAACCCUAGAGACUGAAAUAGCCACAGAAUAACUGGCAAGUCAAGGAUUUGGUCAAUGUGUCUGUGCUCUGGAGGGACGACCUUUUGGGAUUAGAAGGUAACUUAAUCUCCAAGCCUGUUCAGACAUUCUUGGCUGAAACUGUAAACAAGAACACCCUCCAACUUUAUACAAUCAGGUUUGAUAAUUUUGUUCUUAGCCUUAGUUUCUGCAUCUGUGAAACUGGGAUAAUACCUACUUCAAAGGGGUCUCGUGAUAAUUAAGUAGUUAAUAUUGGGGUAUGUAAGUCCUGAAAACUUAUUACAAUGUACACAAAGCCCUCCAGCUGCUGGGGAAUCUAGAAACCCUCAGAACCUCAGCUUCCAGACAAUUAUCUCUUGCAAACUUUUCUAAGUGCUAGUCUGGACUCCCUAGCACAAGUACCCACUCUCCACUUCUGCAGCAAGAUCCUAAGAGAGGAGGCACCUACACAUUUCCAUCCCCAACUCAUGUACACUCUCUCUCUCUCUCUCUCUCUUUCAAAGUGAGCCAUCCAACCAGGGAGUGCUUGCCAAAGAUUUAUUUUAUUAAGCCUCUGCACAAUUCUCAGGCCAGCUCUUUGCACAAGAUUUCAGGAAAGACUUAUUUUUUCAUGAUCCCAGUCACUAGAUGUGGGCCAGGGUUAUAAAAAUUCAUGUGAUAGGGUAAGGGUUCUAUCUACCUCUACAGAGCGAUGUGGAAAGGGCCACUAACCUCUGCCCAAGGAUCCAGUUACUACACUGGGGCCAUGAGGCUUGGUGAGAUUUAUGCACAGGCUUAAAUUGAUACAUGUGUGUAGUUCAACUAAGAGGAUGGUAUAGUAGCCUGUAUGACCUCUCUAUACCUCCCAAUAACUUUUUUGCCCAGGGAGACUCCCCAGAGGGCCAGUUAAAUUGGGUUUUUGUGGCUCAAAGUAACUGGAUAUACUAGUGAAUCGGUUCUAGAGUCUGAUAGUUUUAAUCAUGCUUGAUUUUGUUCAAAAACCAAAGUAAAACCUAAUUCUUUGUUUAAAAUAAGGUAAUUAGUGCUGUGUAUUUUACAUUACAGAGCUGGGUAUGGUUUCCUUUCCUUUCCUAAUGAUCCGUAUUCUCCUGUGAGAUUGAAUUGAUAACUAACGUGAAUAAUUAAGAACAAUGUUGUUGUUUUUUUAUGUCACCAAUUAUGUUAAAUUACUGGUUUGGUAUUUGUUUUAGUAACAACACACAGUUUAUUUUUCAGAUAGCAAGUAAGAUUUCUUUAAAAUACAUGUAUAUUUCAUUAAAUAGAUUGAGAUUUAUAGAAAAGUACAUCUACAGUAUUUCAAGGUCUCGUAUACGCCAGUAUUACUGUGCUGUAAUCCCUGGGAGAACAGAAAUCAGGGCAUCUGUUUCUAUCACUAAUAUAUACUAAAACCUAUACAUUAAGGAUCAUCUCCAAUAUACAACUAUGUGCUUCCCUGAACACGCUGAAUACUCCAAAGGUUUCCAGUACAAUUUUAUUCAAUCUUUCGUUAAUGAGCAGCAUAUCUUAGUCAGCCAAUUAUUUUUGGUUGCUUGGAUGGUUAUGUUAACGCAGUUUUCAGUGGCAAAAAAAUGUUUUUUAACAGACUUAAGGUUGCUUGGUGGUAUGUUGACCCCUUGCAGAACACUGAGCUGAGUAAAACUCAAACUUCCGAAAACCAGGAAAUACACUAUUCAGGUUGCCCAUGCAACCUUAACUCUGCCCUCUUUCAGUAAUGCCCUAAUAUGCGUCAUUAACACACCUUUACUCUGCGAUUAUCACAGUUGCUGAAAUGUAUAAGCUUUUCAUCUCCUUGUCAGGGACCCUCAGCUGAACCCAGACUUGGCUCAUUGCCCUCAGCUAAUGAAGCUGGCACCUGAUUAGCUGAAGACUCCAACAGGCACCUGUAGCAGGCCUGGGACUCUGGCUACUCAAUAGUGUUCCAAGUCUACAGCUGUGUUUCUGGUCCUGCUUCCUAUUCUUAACUUCCUUCUUGCUCCUAGCCCUCAGUCUGGACCCUCCCCUCCCCAGGCCUGCUCCUUGUCCCUGCUUCCGCUCCUGGUUUCCUGCUCCUGGUUGUUCGUCCCUGCUUCUGGUUGCUGCCCAUACUCCGGCUGAUACUCUGACUCCAAUACCUGACUCCUGGUUUCUGGUACUUGGCUCCAGCUUGCUUCCUGGACUUGAUAAGUUGGCUCCUACCUUGGCCAUUAGGCCUGGCUCUGUUUCAACCCUUAAGCCUUCCUUCCGCCCUGACCAUUAGGCAAAAUGUCACCUACGCCCUGGUCACUAUGAUCCUUUUACAAUCCAUUCACUCUCAUCCACAGAUUCCAUCUACCACUGUUAAAGGACAAAAGGUUUGGGGAAGGUUGUCAAUGCCACCUUUCUCUGUUCCUGUGUAACAGAGUGACUUGUCCCCUGUGCUGCUAGAGAGAUUGGGGCUAAACUAACCCUGAUUACAGGAUGAGCCCCACCUCCACAUUCAUUUGUGACAGAAGAGGCUCUGAAAGGGGCCUAUUCAUCUCAAUGUGAUGUUCUCAAUUGACUGAGGACACCCAGUGGAGAUUAAUACAACUUCAAUCAAUAGCUCAGAGAUUUGUGAACCAGUCCAUUUAUCACAGGUGUUCCCACCCUCCUCUUGAGUGCUUUAGAGCCUGUAAUAUGCAUGAAGCAUGCCUGUUCUCAGCUCCUCACGCAAAGGGACAGGACUUCCCAAGAUCUCUGGCUUACACUGGGGACUGGGAGGGCAACUCAGACACUCACAAAAGGGCAAGCUCCCCCCGAGUCUGACUCAUAUGAGCAGGGUCCAACCUGUGUAGAUAGGCACAGGCCCCCCAGAUAGUGGCACACAUAUUAGAGCAUUGAGAGUGGUUCAGACAGCCCCUCAGGGCAAGGUCCCCCCCAUAUCCCAGCCAAGGCCAAUCAGAGGGGGGACCCAGAAGGGCCAUUUGGCCUGGGCCUCAAGCUCAAAGGGUGCCUCAAAUUUAGACACUUGUUAAUUUUUUGGCAUUU